AUGACGCAGUGUCUUCAGCUCUGCUCCACCACAUCAGUCUCCCUCCAUCGGUGCCGAGGUCCAGAGAUGGAUGACAGUGACGAGCCGGGGCUAGUCCUCUCACACAACACCUCCUCAGGCUCAAAGUCCAGCGGAGACAAGAUGUUUUCUCUGAAGAAGUGGAAUGCUGUGGCCAUGUGGAGCUGGGACGUGGAGUGCGAUACGUGUGCCAUUUGUCGAGUUCAAGUCAUGGACGCUUGCCUCCGAUGCCAGGCUGAAAAUAAACAAGAAGACUGUGUUGUUGUUUGGGGAGAAUGCAACCACUCCUUCCACAACUGCUGCAUGUCUCUUUGGGUAAAGCAGAACAAUCGUUGCCCCCUCUGCCAGCAGGACUGGGUUGUUCAGAGAAUUGGGAAAUAA